GAACCGAGCCGCGCCGAUAGCCAUCCGGCCCCGGCUCCAGUGCGCGACCCCGGCCUGCGGCGCGGCCCGGCGGGUCCGGCGGGGCCGCAGCCCAUGGAGCUCGAGAACAUCGUAGCGAACACGGUGCUACUUAAGGCCCGAGAAGGUGGUGGCGGGAAUCGCAAAGGCAAAAGCAAGAAAUGGCGGCAGAUGCUGCAGUUCCCCCACAUCAGCCAGUGUGAAGAGCUGCGGCUCAGCCUCGAGCGUGACUACCAUAGCCUAUGUGAGCGGCAGCCCAUCGGGCGCCUGCUGUUCCGUGAGUUCUGUGAGACACGCCCAGAGUUGACACGCUGCAUCGCCUUCCUGGAUGGGGUGGCUGAGUAUGAAGUGACCCCUGAUGAGAAGCGGAAGGCGUGUGGGCGGCGGCUAAUGCAGAAUUUCCUGAGCCACACGGGUCCUGACCUCAUCCCUGAGGUCCCUCGGCAGCUGGUGACAAACUGCACCCAGAGGCUAGAGCAGGGGCCCUGUAAAGAUCUCUUCCAGGAGCUUACCCGGCUAACCCAUGAAUACCUGAGCAUGGCCCCUUUCGCAGACUACCUCGACAGCAUCUACUUCAACCGUUUCCUACAGUGGAAGUGGCUGGAAAGGCAGCCAGUGACCAAAAACACCUUUAGGCAGUACCGAGUCCUAGGCAAAGGUGGCUUUGGGGAGGUGUGUGCCUGCCAGGUGCGGGCAACAGGCAAGAUGUAUGCCUGCAAGAAGCUGGAGAAGAAGCGGAUUAAGAAGCGGAAAGGCGAGGCCAUGGCGCUCAACGAGAAGCAGAUCCUGGAGAAAGUGAACAGUAGGUUUGUAGUCAGCCUGGCCUACGCCUACGAGACCAAGGAUGCCCUCUGCCUGGUGCUGACACUGAUGAAUGGGGGAGACCUCAAGUUUCACAUCUACCACAUGGGCCAGGCAGGCUUCCCCGAGGCACGAGCUGUCUUCUACACUGCUGAGAUCUGCUGUGGCCUGGAGGACUUGCACCGGGAACGCAUUGUAUACAGGGACCUGAAGCCCGAGAACAUCCUGCUGGAUGACCACGGUCACAUUCGUAUCUCCGACCUGGGGCUGGCUGUCCACGUGCCAGAGGGCCAGACCAUCAAAGGCCGCGUGGGAACUGUAGGCUACAUGGCUCCAGAGGUGGUGAAGAACGAACGGUACACAUUCAGCCCAGACUGGUGGGCGCUCGGCUGCCUCCUGUAUGAGAUGAUUGCAGGCCAGUCGCCCUUCCAGCAGAGGAAGAAGAAGAUAAAGCGGGAAGAGGUGGAGCGGCUUGUGAAGGAGGUACCUGAGGAGUAUUCCGAUCGCUUUUCUUCCCAGGCCCGCUCACUCUGCUCCCAGCUCCUCUGCAAGGACCCAGCUGAGCGCCUGGGGUGUCGCGGGAGCGGCGCUCAAGAGGUGAAGGAGCACACCCUCUUCAAGAAGUUGAAUUUUAAGCGGCUAGGAGCUGGCAUGCUGGAGCCGCCAUUCAAGCCUGAUCCCCAGGCCAUUUACUGCAAGGAUGUUCUGGACAUCGAGCAGUUUUCCACGGUUAAGGGUGUGGAGCUGGAGCCCACCGACCAAGACUUCUACCAGAAGUUUGCCACGGGCAGUGUGCCUAUCCCCUGGCAGAAUGAGAUGGUGGAGACUGAGUGCUUCCAGGAGCUGAAUGUCUUUGGGCUGGAUGGUGCAGUCCCUCCAGACCUGGACUGGAAGGGCCAGCCACCUGCGCCCCCCAAGAAGGGCCUGCUACAGAGACUCUUCAGCCGCCAGGAUUGCUGCGGGAACUGCAGUGACAGUGAGGAAGAGCUCCCCACCCGUCUCGAGUUCCCCACCCAACUCUAGUCCCCAGCCUGAGGCCCCCAUCGGCGGUUGGCGGUAGCAGCUACUCCAGUGCUGUUUACAGUUUUGCACAGUGGUCUUCCCCAUUGUCCACUCAAGCUGUGGUGGGGGAACACAGCCCAAGCUGUUCCCCAGUGCCCUCUGCCCCUCAGCCCCUGGCCCGGCUGAGUCUGGUGAGGCCUGGGCUAUAUCCCUGGGACAAAGGUGCGUCCCUUUAGCUCUUCUCUGCAGAGCUUGGGGCUUUCUGUAUUUAUGUAUUUGUAUGAAUGUAUAUAGCAAUCAGAGCGUUCUUAAUACCCAGCCUGGGUCUGGCGCCCCAGCCUCAGCUCCCCGGGGCAGCCAAUCCUGGCCUGGGAGAGCCAGGGGCUGGCAGAGGAGCCACUGCCAAACUCAAGGCUCCUCAGGCUCGGCUCUGGCUGGGUCAGGCACCUCUACCCCCCAGUACUGUGCUCGCCACUGCAGACCUUUAAGUGAAACUUGUGCCUGCCCCUGCUCCCCUGGGUGCAGCCACCCCAUUUUGGGACCCACUGCUGUCCUUUCUCAAUACUUGUCAGAGCUGGAUCGGGGCCUCUGCUCUGCUAGGCCUGUGCCAAAGUCUGGCCAGAGAUUGGGCUGACCCUGGGACCCUCAGCCCACUGCCCAGGCUAUCCCAGAUGGGUCUGCCUCUGCCUUCCGGCUCCCAGGGUGCCUCCCCCCUUACGCUGGGCUCUGCCCUGAAGACACUUUCAGAAAUGCCUCAGCCCAGGCCAUGGGGGUUGUCCCUGGCCAACCCUCAAACAUUCCGCCUCCCCUCGUAACAAUAGACACACAUGCCCAGCAA